CGGCGAGAGCCCGGCGGGGCCGGCCGAGGAUGGGCACGGAGCCCCGGCGGCAGCCGCCCCGCAGGAGAUGAGUUAAAAUGCAGCACACCACGUGCACGGAGGACAGGAUCCACCACGCGCUGGAGCGGUGCCUUCACGGGCUGGGCAGGGACGCUGCAAGCAGCAGAUGGGCUGCCGGGCUGUGCCUGAACUGCUGGAGCCUGCAGGAGCUGGUGAGCCGGGACGCCGGUAACUACCUCAUCCUGGUGGAGAAGAUCCUGGCCAAGACCAAGGAGGUGCAGGAGAGGUGUGACUACGACCUGGUGACGCCCCUGGCCCUGCUCUUCUACUCGGCCGUGCUCUGUGCUCCUCACCUCCCCCCCGGCUCUGAGCUGCUGCUGAAAGCGGCCAGUGUCUACCACGGCUUCCUGACCUGGCCCGUGCCCUACUGCGACACCUCCCGGGAGCUGCUCACCUUCAUCAGCAACGAACUCAAGGCGCCAGGAAUCACCUUCCAGAGGCUGGUGAGGACGGAGCAGGGGCUGCCUGUGAGGAACUACCAGAGCUCCACGGUGACGGUGCUGCUGCUGAACCGCUCGGAGGUGCAGAGCGAGUUCCUGUCCAUUGCCCGCAGGCUGAGCUCCAGCGAGCCCGCCCAGCACUCCACGCUGCUGCUGCUGCUCCAGCACCUCUACCAGGCCACCUUCGGCACCUGCUGCGACCUGGACGGGCUGGGCCAGCUGCUCAAGUCCAAGCCCCUGGAGGAGCUCUCGGAGCUCUACGCCAGCGCUGCCGAUGCUCAGGAGGCGGCGGCCGCCAGCCCCGACCCCGCGCUGGCCCGGGAGCGGCUCCAGGCCGUGCUGCGCGACAUCGCCGGGGCCGCCUCCUUCCCGGCCAUCGCAGGCGAGGCCCAGCCCCGCAAGCUGCACCCCUUCCCCAUCCCUCCCGCCCGCUGCUACACCUACAGCUGGGACCAGGACAACUUCGACAUCCUCAACGAUGUCCUCAGCAAGGAGUGCAGCAUUGCCGUGCCCCUGGCCUCGGAGAACGAGGAGGAGGAUGAGGAGGAUGAGGAGGAGGAGGAGGAGGAUGUGGAGACGGACGGCGGCUCCCCGGGGCAGGACUCGCUGCUGGCCCCGCUCUGCGCCCUCCCCGGUGACUCCGUGUACUCCGUGCUGGCCGAGGAGGGCUCCAAGCCCCCGCGGGUGUCCCUGUUCGCCUCCCCCAAGGAGUCCAUCUCGGAGCUGACCAUGGUGUCCAGGAAGUCCCUGAAGUCCUUCGUGUCCAGCCUGAAGGACUGCAUGGACAGUGGCUACGCCGAGGACAGCGACGAGAGCUCCCUGGACGCGGCGGGCCGGCCCGAGCUGCCCAAGCAGCGGCAGUCGCUGACCAACCGGCUCUACAGACUGCUCAAGAGCAAGGGCCAGCAGCUGGUGCAGCGCCGGGACUGCCCGGGGCCGUGCCCGGGGCCGUGCUCGCUCCCGCUGCGCCGCGCCGAAGCCUGUGCGCGCCCGGCGCAGCAGCAGCGUCCCCAGCGCUCCCGCCCAGCGCUCUCGCUGCCGCCAGCACGGCCCGGCCCGGCCCGGCCCCGCCCCCUCGGCCCCCGGGCCCUGGGGCUGCCCCGCCGCCCCUUCCUCAGCUGCGACGAGGAGGAGGCCAAGGCGGGCACGCUGCGCGUGGUGGUGUUCGGCUCGGACCGCAUCUCGGGCAAGGUGGCCCGCGCCUACAGCCGCCUCAGGCUCCAGGAGAGCUCCUGCCCCUCCCUGACACGGUACUUCAGGCUGCAGUUCUUCUACGUGCCCGUCAAGAGGAGCUGCGUGGCUCCAUCGACCCCGCAGAUGCAUCCACCCCUCGGCGUCCCCGGGGGAGCCCCCGCCCGGGCACAGGUGGGUGCAGACCCCUCCCCGGCUGGGACAGAGAGCAGCACCAACGACAUCUCCCACUACCUCGGCCUGCUGGACCCCUGGUACGAGCGCAACGUGCUGGGGCUGAUGAGCCUGCCCAUGGGCGUCCUGUGCCAGUGUGCCAAGCCCGAGGCUGAGCCCCAGGAGGAGGCCCAGGAGCAGCUGCCCAUCCUGGCAGACAUGAUCCUCUACUACUGCCGCUUCGCCUCGCGCCCCGUGCUGCUGCAGCUCUACCAGACCGAGCUCACCUUCAUCGGGGGGGAGAAGAGGACCGAGGUCUUCAUCCACUCCCUGGAGCUGGGGCACUCAGCAGCCACCAGGGCCAUCAAAGCCUCAGGUCCAGGCAGCAAGAGGCUGGGAAUAGAUGGAGACAGGGAAGCAAUCCCACUGACACUACAGAUUGCAUACAGCAAGACAGCUGCCAGUGGCAGGAGUCACUGGAGUGAUGCGGAGAAGGUCUGCACAUCUGUCAACCUCAGCAAGGCCUGCAGGAGGCACGAGGAGCUCGCCUCGAAGACAGAAUGUCUCAACCUAACCAUGACCGAGGUGGUCAAGAGGCAGAACUCCAAAUCCAAGAAAAGUUUCAAUCAGAUCAGCGUGUCCCAGAUCAAAGUGGACAAGGCCCAGAUCAUCGGGGUCCAGUCCUCCUUCGCCGUGUGCCUGGACCAGGACGAGCAGAAGAUCCUGCAGAGCGUCACCAGGUGUGAGAUCUCCGUGUGCUACAAGCCCAGGGACUGUGACCCCCUGGCACCGAGGGGGUCCCCUGUGGCUCCCCAGGACCCCUCCGAGUUCCAGUCCCUGCUGUGUUUGCCCAUUGCCACCUUCAGCGGGGCACUGCCCUAGAGGAGCCGUGUCCCUGCAGAGCAGACUCCAUCCCGCACGUGUCCAGGCUCAGGAGAAGGAAGAGGACGCCCAGCCCAGCUUGUCCCCGAGCUCCUGCAGAGUCACCGUGCUGUCUCUGUGGGGGCUGAGCUGCUGCUCCAGGCUCAGCCCCUGCUCGGGAAACGGGAUCAGUCCU